AUGGCCCUACCGGCACAGCAACAGAAUGGCUUCGCAGCGCCGGGCUCCCCUGCGGAGAGCAAACGCGAUUUCCUACCUCGGAGUGCAGGCGCAGACACGGCCAGGCGGCGUGCAGACGACUCGCGCCGCCUGCGGAGGGUGAAGGACUCCAAGGAGCAGUUGAAGAGGAGGACGACACGGGCGCGCGGCGCCAGCUACAGCACCAUUGACACGACGGCGAGCAACACGUCGGCGGGUCGCUCCUACACGGUUGCCAAUGUAAACAACGGCGUCAUCUAUCUAAGGCCAGUCGUCCGCCCGGGCAACCUGCGAGGACUUCCUCAGCCUGAUCCCUUUGUGCUGCCCCCCCAGACACCACCCGACAGCGCAACCCUCGACAGUGUGCGCCCGGUGAGCGAUGAGUGGGAACAGAGUCUGUAUGGGUCGAGGACACCACGCUCUGAACCUACGCCGCCGCUGCCAGAUGUGAAUGAGCAGAGCGAUGCCUUGCGCCUACAUGCACAUGCCCAUCCAUAUCCACACCCACACCCACACUCACACUCACACCCUCACCCUCACCCUCACGGCCGCUCGCGCUCCUUUUCCACGGCCGAAGACCAUCACCAUCCCUCGUCCCCCACGGAGCCCGGCACCUUCAAGGUCGUCAUCGAGCGGCCAUCGCAUGGCAGGCCCAAACGGCAGAUACCUCAUCGUUCCCGCUAUUGCAGCGCGGCGCCCGACAGUCGUUCCUGUCGUCGCGCCCCCUCUCAGAGGCCUAUUCGACAAGUCAACCAUCGCGUGCGCGACACCAUGGACCGGCCGACAAUUGCCCUCUCCGGACACUCCUCAGCGCGCGUCUCACAGGCCCCAAUUGGCCCCCGCCUCUAUGAUGCCCUCACUGCGAACCCAGACGACCGCGCCGUGGUGCGUUUCAAUGUCCACGGUGACAUGAUCGCCGCUACACCCGCCCGCCUUGUCGCACAUAUCACCUCGCCCAGCUUCCUCGACUACGAACUGCUGUCAGACUUCUUCCUCACCUUCCGCGCCUUCUUGUGCACCCGCGACUUGAUCGCAUACCUCAUUUCCCGCCUGCGAUGGGCAGUCGAACGCCAGGACGACUUUGGGCGCAUUGUGCGAGUGCGCACUUUUGUCGCCCUCCGCCAUUGGAUCCUCAACUACUUCGUCGACGACUUCAUGCCAUGCUACGCAUUGCGCUGCAAUUUCUGCCACCUCGUCAACAGCCUCUACACCGACCUACAAGCACGAGAAGAUGGGGGCGGGGGAGAUCUCAAGAUUGUGGGCGAACUGAAAAAGUGCUGGCGGCGCACCUGUGCCUUGUAUUGGGACACCGAAGACAGUUUUGCACAGAACUGCACAGACACCGAACUACUUCCAGGCGGGGAGGAAACGCAACCAGGACCAGUCGAGGAGCCCGUUCCCAUCCUCCUCAGACCCACUACCCCGCCACGAAGCACCGUACGCGAUACAAAAGAGACAAUGGGGUCCAACCCGAGUGAUCACUUUGCUAGUCGGCACAUGGACUGGGCGCAAAGAGCACGCCACACGCCUCAAAACUCGAUGAGCUCCCCAUAUGUGCCAUCCCAAGAAUAUGAGAAUGAGACGGGACAUCAGGUACCGCUUUCGCCCGCAAGUACGCAGAGUAUGCACGUGCUCUCCUGUUCAAUACCCAUGCGCAGUACAAAUAAACAGGACAACGCAGUUGAACUCCCUCUAUAUCCGCACCCCGUCCCAGUCCCAGUCGCCAACCCAGCCCCGGCCAACACCGUUCGUCUAACAUCCAGUCCGCAGCAGCCCUCCUCUCCGAAACGCAAUCAUCGUCCAACCCACAGCCACAGUUACACGCGCAGCGGAAGCUUCUCAGAUGCUCUUCGAGACAGCAGAGCGCCGCUGUCCAUUCACAAAUCCACCCUAGCAGACUAUGCCAUGUCCGCGGUAGCUAACAUGCCUGGAACUCUUGUACGCGGUGGUCUCAUCCAUCUCGGCUCCCCUUAUUUCGAAGUCAAAACUCUGCGUCCCCGUCCACACUCUACUGGCUCGGUGUCCAAUCGCACGCACUCUGUUAGCAAUUCGGUGAUUUUGCGAUCCGACCGUUACAUUGAUCCGGACACAGAAGCCCUCCGCGGCGUCGAAGGGCCGCCUGAGGCAGAGAUUCCGAAGAAGCCAAUAUCCUUGGUCGCUACCCAUUCUUCACAGCCCAAUCUCCGACCAUCCUUCGAGGCCGAAGUAGCAAAACUCGCCGCGUUGCCAGACGAUACGGACGAUGAAGGCGGCGUAGAAUCAGCCUUGAUGAAACUGGAAGGCCGCUACGAGAAGAAAUCACCAAACACUGACUCACGACGAACGACAGUCGACAUGGAUGAGCCCCUUCCAACCACGAUUAUCGAGCAAAUCUUCCGCCCUGGCACUGCUGAGCAAGACGAGCAUUACGACAACGACGAAGGUUUCCACCACCAACUGGCAUCUUCCGAAACAGAUGGGGACGGCAUGUACCGGCUGCCAGAUGAGAACGGAAACCGCAGAGUACCUGCCGUGACAUCGGUCGGCGAGUCGACGGACUCGUACUCCUCAAUUCCUCUUCUUGACCGGGGAUUGAGCGACCUGGUUACUCCGCAGCGAGCGCGCACUCUAGAGACUAUGAGGUCAUCUGCCAAACCUUCACCUCUACAAUUUGCCAGCCAAUUUCCUAGCAUCUCACCACAGUCUGAUAUGCCACCAGGUACUUCAUCAUCGAUGAACUCUUCGAUUGAGUACGUUGUGGAAACGGAGAGCAUGAAGCGUAUACCGACCGGUGGAACCUUGCCAAUGACUUCAUAUGCGCGCGAGUCAUUCCUGGUUGAUGAGGACGAAGAUGUCAGUGACGCGGCGUCAACUCCUGGUGCUAGAUCGGGUUACAGUAGCCAUGGCGUGAGAAGUUUCUUUGAUGAUGAAGUAGCAACUCCCGGAGUAGACGCAGACAACCACCCAACGCACCCUAUGCGCCACCCACCAACGCCGCCACUUACAGCAAAUCGAUUAAAUGAUACCAUGCCCGACGCAACAGACUUCGAUCGCGGUCCACCCACACCCGGCCUUACACCUACCGUCUCUCGUGGCCAGACACAGACGCCCAACCACGCAACUGGCAUACCCUUUGACCCACCAAAGACGCGGCCCACACCCCAACUACCUACCAAACAUCUCCCUUUUGUUUUGGCAUAUGACUCUGAAACUCUUGCUCAGCAAUUUACCAUUGUCGAAAAGGACGCAUUGGAUGAAAUUGACUGGAAGGAGCUCAUCGAGCUACGUUGGAAGCAGUCGUCUCCGCAAAUCCGCGAUUGGGUACAAUACCUAAGAACUGAAGAGGCCAGGGGUGUUGACGUGGUUAUUGCGCGUUUCAAUCUUGUCGUCAAAUGGGUCGUGUCCGAGUGUCUGCUUACCGAGGACAUUCAUGAGCGUGCACGAUGUAUUGUCAAGUAUAUUCACAUCGCAACACAUGCGCGACGGUACCGCAACUACGCCACCAUGUAUCAGAUUGCGAUAGCGCUGAUAUCGAACGACAUUUCAAGCCUCAAGAAGACGUGGGCUCUGGUUCCUGCAGCUGAGAUACUUGUCAUGCAAGAAUUGGAGGGCCUUGUGCAGCCUUUGAAGAACUUCCACAAUUUGCGGCUUGAGAUGGAAACUGCAACGGUUGAAGAUGGUUGCAUUCCGUUCAUUGGCGUUUACACUCGUGACCUCAUCUACAACGCACAAAAGCCCGCAUUCAUUGAUGCCCCCGUAGUCGAUGGCGAACGACUUGUCAACUUUGACCGACACCACACAGCCGCCAGUAUUGUCAAAAACCUGCUGCGUCUCCUCGAGGCCAGUUCCAAAUACACGUUCAAGGUUGAACCACACAUUAUCAGCAAAUGUCUCUGGCUGGCUGCGCUCAGUGACGAAGAAAUCACGCAGCGCAGUCGCCAAUGUGAAUGA